AUGGGCGAAUGGUACUUGAUCAUUAAAAAUACCGAGUACGGGUCUCCGCCCUGUGGGCUUGCAAGCGGAGCAAAGUGGCGGCGGACGACAGCGUCAUCCGGGUCAGGCUCGUGGACGAAGACGUUAACGCCUCCCCCGAGUACCAUGCCAUCUCGUACGUCUGGGGCCGCUCGUGGCAAACGGCCGAGAUCCUCUGCAAGGGCGCCGAGAUCCAAGGAGGAGCAGAUCAAUCUCAUGAAGGAAGCUUAUGAGCACGCAGCGUCCGUCCUUGUCUGGCUCGGCAAAGACGACACAGGCCUGGAUGGGAUCGAGACUCCCAUCAACGCCGCACAUAAGAUCAUCCCAGAGGCCGUGGAUGACCCCGCCCGGAACAGGGAGAGCGCUGCGACUGUGGCCCCCAAUCUCAAAACGGCGUUGGAACUCGACUUGGCCCCGCUGUGGUCGCUGCUGCUGUGCCACAAUUGGUUGGAGCGCAAGUGGGUCUUCCAGGAGGCCAUCCGGGACCUGACCCCGGAGUGGCUCUCUUCCCUUUGGAAGGCCAUGACGGGCGAGCGGGCCCGCCUGAGCGACCGCAUCGACUUCGACUGGUCGGACCUGUUCAAACCAUGGUCACCGGGAUUGACACGUGGCUCAACUCGAGGACCCCGACGAGGGAGAGAGAGCGCGGUUGAGCGUCGUGGCCGCAAGCCGGACGAUCGAGGGGAAUCUCAACGGAUUUGCGAGUAUGCGCAGGCUCUCCUCCACUGCCGAGGGCAGACUUUGCAUGUCACCGAGCGAGGCAAGGGUUCGAAUCCUGCUCCCUCCACCUCCUCCCCGCUUACCCGUGGCAAGGAUAACCCGGCUGGCUAUCGACAACAACCACCCGCCUGUGCCGUCGAGCCCACACUUGUUGGGAACUUCGUCUCCAUGGCUACAAACGACCGACAGCUCCGCUGUUUGGACACAGGCCCCUCUCGAUGA